GGGCCAAACAUCACACAGUUUCAGUCCAUAAUUGACGUUAAAUCGUGGGUUUGCGUUGCUUUUGGUGCAAAAUUACCGAAUUGAGCGAAUUUUGCCAGAGAAAUGCAGCUUGCUUGAAGACACCCCAGAUAUCGGUUGGCUACUGCUGCCAUGACAGGUAGAAGUCUCCUCUCGACUACGGCUUCGCCGGUUGGAGAAUAAACAGGUUGAUUGGGACGUGAUCGCAGCUGCGGAACUGCCAAUGUCGGAUGUUAUUAUUAGUGGAGCCUGAUCCUGUAAAUAUAAACGCAAACAUACAGUAAUUCGGGAAAAACUCAGGGAAAAUGUCUUCUCGUUCUGCAUUACCGUCUGGAAACGACAGGGGCACGGACCAUCAUGUGUCUCUAGCCGCCAGUCGCUCAGACAAGGGUACUAGCCUGUCCAGCCGCUCACUGGGCGCCCGCUGCAGGAACUCCAUCGCCUCCUGCUCUGACGAGACUCCGCACAUCGGCAACUACCGCCUGCUUAAGACCAUCGGCAAAGGCAACUUCGCCAAGGUCAAGCUGGCCCGCCAUAUCCUGACGGGCAAGGAGGUUGCAAUAAAAAUAAUUGACAAAACUCAGUUGAAUCCAACCAGCCUACAAAAGCUCUUUCGAGAGGUUCGGAUAAUGAAAGGUUUAAAUCAUCCAAACAUAGUGCAGCUGUUCGAAGUGAUUGAGACGGAUAAGACCCUUUAUCUAAUCAUGGAGUAUGCCAGUGGAGGUGAAGUGUUUGACUACCUCGUAUCUCAUGGGAGAAUGAAGGAGAUUGAAGCCAGAGCCAAAUUUCGGCAGAUCGUGUCUGCUGUCCACUACUGCCACAUGAAGAACAUUGUCCACCGAGACUUGAAGGCCGAGAAUCUCCUGCUGGACGCCAACGCCAACAUCAAAAUCGCCGACUUCGGCUUCAGCAACGAGUUCACACUGGGCAACAAGCUGGACACGUUCUGUGGCUCUCCACCCUACGCCGCCCCGGAGCUGUUCCAGGGGAAGAAAUACGACGGGCCCGAGGUGGAUGUCUGGAGCCUGGGGGUCAUACUGUACACGCUGGUGUCAGGAUCGCUGCCCUUCGAUGGGCAGAACCUCAAGGAGCUUCGUGAGCGCGUCCUGAGGGGAAAGUAUCGCGUGCCCUUCUACAUGUCCACCGACUGCGAGGGGAUCUUACGCCGGUUCCUGGUGCUCAACCCUACCAAGCGCUGCACCCUAGAUCAAGUCAUGAAGGACAAGUGGAUAAACGCAGGGUAUGAUGAGGAUUCCCUGAAGCCCCAUAUAGAGCCUGUCGAGGACUACAGUGACACUAGUCGCAUAGAGGUGAUGGUGGGGAUGGGCUUCACUCCAGAGGAGAUCAAGGACGCUCUGCUCAACCAGAAGUACAAUGAGGUCACCGCCACUUAUCUACUGCUGGGCCUCAAGAAUGAGGAUGGCAGCGAGUCUCGUUUGGCCAGUACCCUGUCCCUGGCACGGAUCCGGCCCAGCCCCAUCACCAAUGGGACCAACAAACACUCCUCGGCCACUGCAGGCUCCUCUUCCUCCUCUUCCUCGCAUAGCAAGACCCAGCGCAGCACCUCCACCUAUCACAGGCAGCGGCGGCACAGUGACUUCUGCGGGCCCUCCAUGCCCGUCAUGCACCCCAAGCGGAGCCCCACCAGCACAGGUGACCGGGAGCUGCGGGAGGGGCGCAUGCCACCGCGUAAGGCCAGCUGCAGUGUGAUGGGCAGUCGCUCGCUGCCCCCCUCCAGCCCCAUGGUCAGCAGUGCUAAUAAUCCCAACAAGUCAGAGAUCCCCGACCGCCGCAAGGAGAUGACGGCCACCACAGUGAGAAACAGUGAGAACAAUAUCCCGGGAAGUGCUAUGACCCGCCGGAACACAUACGUCUGCACGGACCGCUCCAGCACCGACAGACACUCCUUGAUGCAGAAUGGCAAGGAGAACAGCUCGCUGUCCCACCGCCUACCCCCCUCCUCCCCCUCCACCCUGAGCAUCUCCGGGGCCGGGGCCUCCUCCUCUGGCGAGCGCUGCCGUCUGACACGGGGCUCCACGAUCCGGAGCACUUUUCACGGGGGGCAGUUGAGGGACCGGGGCCCGCCCGUCUACUCGGCCCCGCCCACCUCCCCCACGCUGUCCCACCACGACGCCAGUCCACUGCCGCACGCCCGCAGCCGCGCCACUUCCAACCUCUUUACCAAACUCACCUCCAAACUCACACGCAGGGUCACAAAUGAACCUGAGGGAAUCUGCCGAUCUGCGGUCACAAGGUCAGUAUAUGUCACAAGUCGCCAUUUACCUGGGCAUCAAAAAGCGGCCGAGCCCUGGGCCAUCGGAUGUGGCUGGAAUCUGAGGGUACCCCGGGGGCGGCGGGACCCAGCGGAGGUGGUGCUGGCUCUGCGGGAGGCGGCACGGGGCUGCGGCUGCCAGGUCCACCACGUCGGCCCCUUCCUGCUCUCCUGCACCCACGGGGCAUCCGGCGGUUGCGUGGCCUUCAAGGCAGAGGUGUGCCACCUCUCCGCGGGGGGGUGGUGCCUCCAACAAUAAGACUUCCAACGGGGUGCGCUAUACACGACUUUGGGGAGCACCGCUCGUUUUCCGGGACAUCGCCAUGCAAAUCUCAAAGGACCUCGAACUCUGAAUAUAAUGGGGGUUGAGAAGGAUGGAAAGAGAAAUACAGAGAAAGAGCGAUGUGGGGCUGGACUCAAGAUAAAAUACAUUUGCCCCUGUCUCUUACGUGGCUAUAGCCCUACCCCCCUCUGCACCAGACUCAACCUAACCACCCGCCCCCAUCGCCACACCACCCAGACCCAAAUGUACCCCCCGCGUCCCUCUCACCACUACAACUGAACAGCUUCACCCACUGGAACCUGAUCAGACAGGAAUCCAACUUAAAAUGUUUUACUGUUAACUCUAGCCAUAAUGACUAUUACUUUUAUGAUUGGUAUCAUUGUCUUUUUUAACGAUCACCAACUCCGUACCGACAACAUCAAAAACAUUCUCGAAAACAUUUCUCGUGUUUCGCCGUCUUGGACGCGUGUCACAGUACAGAUAUAGGAUCUUGAUUUGAUCACCCUGUCGCAGGAUAACUUUCCUGCAAUACAGGAAAUGUAAAACUUGUAGUGUAUUUGAGGUUUAAAAAGGCUUCUGAAGUUUGUCAUUUCCAC